AUGAAAGACCAUAGUCUCCAUGCAAGUGAGUCGCAGUACGAACGUCAACUAAAGAUAUGGGGAGUACGUAAGAACCGGAGAAGAACAAACUGGUGUCGGAUAAUUCGCCAUCUUGACGGACUGGUGGGACAAGGAAAGGACAGCGUAGUGAUCGUUGACGGAAUCGAACAAUCGAAAGAGAAGAUUAGUCGCGAGGUCGCAAGAAACAAGUACCGGAGCUACAAAGACGCCCCCACCCAGCCUCCUCGCAAACCCAACGCAAGAGGAUUUGCUUUGCUACUUCUGCUUGAAAGGGCAGCUGAUAUACGUAGGUUCCUGCAUCGGGAACUUAAGACAGGCAUUGAUGCUAUGUUAUAUGGAAUUGGUGCAGGUGUUAGGUUCGUCAUAGAUUCAACAACAUGGCAAGCUUCAGAAGAAGAUGCAUCGCUUGAAGAGUCGGCAAGUGAGAUGGAAGAUAUACGUAUAUCGGACCUAGAAUAUGGUGAUAAUGAAGAGCUGGGCUCAUCCCUUGGGGAUGACUGGACUGCAGCCGAAACAGAGGCUGCAGAUGUUACUCUUGGAGAACCGAAGCAGAAUGGAUGGGAAAGGUGGUUCGAUUGGGGCGCUUAUUACCGAGCUAGCCCUUAG